ACAGUGGGCCACAUGCCAAUAUACAUGUACUGAAGAAUUAUCUAUCACCACUCUUAACACCAAGACUUGGAAAUUAAACAGCUGUGGGGAUUCUCUUUUGUCCAACUUUCAUUUUUGAAAAAUCUUCACGAUUCCUAAACAAUGAAUACACUUUGUUCCGUUCUGCUGAUUCUUCUUUUUGACUUAGCACGAUGUGAGGAUCUUGAUUUUCUAAAUGAAAAUCAGAAACGAAAUCUCGGGAAUAUGAAACGCUCUGAUUUACCUGAAAACAUUCAACGAGUUUUGCGUGAGGUUGUUCUUCAUGGAAAUGCUACGGCGCACUGGUGCUGCAAUGUUGCCACUUCAAGGACAAUUAUUGAAACCCACUCCCAGCUUCUCUACGUCAGACAGAUCAGAGACCGUGUGACGUCAACAAGCUGUGGGUUUCUCUGGCUCAGUCGAUGUUCCAGACACCAUUACUACUACAUAUCAUCACCUAAGUACAAUACCUUAUAUAACAGUAAGGUAAUCAACACGUCCUGCCCCGAUGAAAAUCUCGUGUGCUGCAAAGGAUACGCUCUGGUGGCUAAACACUGCUUACCACUAUCCGAAAUUCCGGCAAUAAAAGAUGACCUGAUCAAUCUUCAUCAUGCUGGUUUGCUGGGCUAAGAUGAACAUGGGUGAAAUGACAUAUUUUCCAUGAGUUUGAAAACGAGAAGAAUAUGCUUUGCUGUUGUCUCUUUACAUGUAUGGAGCAUAUAUUUAUUAGUAAAGAAUGACACCCGAGUUUC